AUGGCAAGAACCAAAGAACUCCAGGAUUUUGGAAUUGAUGAAAAGUAAGUAAAAAUUACAAUUCAGUAUAAAAAUUAAAGUUUUAUUGGGAGAAGAAAAGAAAUAUAAAGGAGUACAGUUUUAAGUGAGAAAGGGUGCUUCCUGAGUACUUGGGUUGUUUUAAACAAUUGUGAAUUUAUGAAAAUCAUAUAUGAGAGCUGUAGAUACAAACAUGAAUAUGAAGGCAAUCUUAGUAGAGAACUGUGGAUACAGACAUGAAUAUGAAGGCGAUCUUACCAGCAAUGAACACUACCCAAGCGGUAAAAAAAUGAGUAUGGAGGUCUGAAAUGGUUAGUGAGGCUGGGUAUUAAUUUUGGGUAAGGAAAUAUCAUUAGCUAAGUCUUGAAAUGAGGAAGAAUUCUAAAGAGUCUUUUUACCUCCACCAUAAGCUAGUUUGAGGACUCUUCAUGAAAACUGUCAAUCUAGUUUGUUCGGCUCAAUAAUUCAACUACUAUUUCAUGCUUUCCAGACUACAUUUUGGUUCCUUUCAAGACAUAUUCUGGCGAUUAAAACUCAAACAUCCAGAGAAAGUUGUUGCCAGCUGUCCUGAUGUCAUGUUCAAUAAAUAUGAGCAAGAAAUUCCAGAUGAAAAAUAUGAUGCCCUGGCCCAGAAAUGGGAUGUGAAGAAAUGGGUGGAGUCUAAUGGGCAAGUGCAUUGGUAUGGGUGCCAAAGAGGAGGGCAUGCCCGUGAUAAUAAAUCGUCCUGUGGUAUACCAGCCACAGGACUCGCUGUUCCUCCUUGUGACUUGGAGAAUCUUGCCGACAUAGUCAAGUUUAUCAUGAAGGAAUGUGAAAAUGCUGAGAUUUAUUGUGAACUUAAUGCAGGAACUCUAUUAGGUAAUGUACUCUUGUGCCUAUUUUGUAUUGGGGAGGUGCAGUUCAAAUUGAGUCUGUUACCACCCCUUUAGGAUUCAAACAGGUUUGUCUUCACAAUAGAACUGACAAAUAGUUGGUGACAGAUAGUUUUAACCUUCAUCAUACCCAUACAUUCUAUAAUUUUAUGUACCAGUAUAGUGUAGAAAUACCUUUUGGUUGGAAAGAAAGGAAAUUUCUUUGAGUGUGAGUAGCUGUUGUUUUAAGGCUGUUUUGUAAUAUCAAUUAUCAAGCCAAAUGAAAAGAAACGGAUGUGAAACUAACAUUAUGCAAUGAACUGAAGGAGACACCAUUGCUAUGGUCAUGACCACCACCAUCAUGGUGGUUGAACAAAAUUGGCAUAAUUUUCAGUGCAUCAUCUCAUACUAGUUAACUUAAGUUUGCUUCUGUUUUAGGAGCUGUUAAAUUCAAGGGGGUUUUGCCAUGGGAACGUGAUGCUGACAUCCAAUUUCCUUCAGAGAACUACACAGCAUUUCAAAAGCUUCGUCCAAGAUUUGAAGCAGCAGGCUAUAAAUUUGAUGAUAGAAAAGGAACUGAAUGCUGCACAGAUGGACGCAAGACAUCCGGCAUUUUUGUAAUCUAUAGAAAUGGCUGGGGUGUUGAUGUUUAUGGUAAACCUAGGCUUGAGUCUGAGAUGCUUGUAGCUAAUGGUCAGCAGCCAACUAAAGUGAUGUUUGCUGGUCAGUGGGUUACUGCCAUGCGCAAUCCAGGACUUUCUGCUCGAAAUCGAUAUGGACCUAAUAUUUAUAAGCAUGUAGAGCAUUGGUAUGACAUAGGGAUGAAGAGUGUGGUUAUGCGCUACAAAUCAGGUGUCUUCACCAAAUGUCCACAGCCGGGACACAUGGGGUGUUUAGACCAGUUCCGUCCUGAUGGCAAUCUUCAGUUAGGUGACAGCUCUGUCACCUAA